CUUGCCUCUGAUUUAUUUCCCAUGUUGGGUAUUGGUCAUAGUAUUACUACGGAGUGCUCCUUCUAGCUUAACAAAAGUUUUUUUUUUAUAUCAAACUAAUUACUUCCAGCCAUUUCACUUGGUCUAGUGGUAAAAAAUACUCUUUGAGUGUGUUCCUUCAAAUUUCCAAAUUGUGUAUAUAUAUAUAUUUAUUGUGGUGCUUUCCAAAUUUUUAGUAUGUCUAAUGUUGAUCAAAAGUCAGUUUUCAACAUUGACAUGGUAUCAAGUUACAAACAACUAUUUUUCAUUUUUGCUAGUGGUUUAAAAAUUUUUUAAAUUGGAAGUGAUUAAAUUCUAGCCACCCUCAAUCUGCAUGCAAUUGCAUAAUUUUGGCAAUAAUCUUAAUGAAAUGCUCUCAUGAUGAUGGAUACUAUUUACACGUAAUUUUCAAUAUCUUGAAAUGAACAUACUAUUCGUGCAUAUUUCAGAGGGAAAUUGCCCACCCCAGCCCAAGUUUCCUUUCACUUUUCUUGCGUUUCUUUUCUUUUGUCUUCCAUUUUUAAGAUGGUAUCAAACUGUGGUGGGCUACGCAAUUUUCCCUGUGAAAUAUGUAAAAUAUGACACUGAACUUAUACUAUGGUUCAAUUCAGCAUUCUAGCGGAAGAAGGCGUACUUGUCUGAGUCAUAAAGAAGCUAUGGCAUGGGACCACGGAGGUUGAACUGCACACAGGUGUUCCCGGACCCCAAGAAGAUGCAGAUCAAUUUGACUGGAUUCUUGAAUGGAAAGAAUGCUCGCCUCUUCAUGCAAGAACUAUGGGAUCUACUGUUGUCAGCUCAGGACUCUGUGACUGGAAUACCAACUCAAUUCCUGGAGCAGAAAAAGGAGGAAAUUAAGAAGAGAAUGGAGGAGCAAGAGAAAUUGCAUGAAACCCUUGCAAAGAAAGUAGAGAAAGAUAAAGAAGACAAAAAAGAAAAGAAGAGGGACAGAAGCCGUAGCAAAAGCCGUGAAAAGAAGAGAAGUCGCAGUAAAAGCCGUGAAAAGAAGAGAAGUGGCUCUCGUGACAGGCACCGUGAAAAGGACAAGAGGGAUAAGGACCGCAGAAAGGACAAGGAUAAAGAAAAGGUGAAGGACAAACCAAAGGAUGGAUCUAUUAAAGAAGUUGAAAGUGACAAGCCCAAGGAGAAAGAAGAGGAAGACAAAGGAUCUUCUGCGACUGCUCCUGAAAACAGUCAAAGCAAUGGUGAUAUCCCUGAUAAAGAGCAAGUGGAGCAGGAGCCUUCAGGAAAUGGCGACACUGCACCCAAAGGCCGAUGGGAUAGCAAAGAAGUUGUAGUUAAAGAGGAGCCAAAGGACCCAGAAGAAGUCAAGCGUGAUAGGUCUCGCUCACAUAGCUCGUCUGCAUCUUCAAGGUCAUCACGAAAAGAAAAGGUGGAUGAAAAGAAAGACAGGCAUUCAUCACGUUCAAGCAGUUACAGUUCUGAUGAUUCCCGUAAAGGAAAGCAUUCAGGUAAAGAUGCAGACUUUGAAAUUAGAAAAAAGGAGGAUAGUGUUCAGAAGAAAAGGCAUUAUCGCUCAAAUAAUAGGGACUCUUCUGGAUCUGAUUCAGACCGUGGUCGCUCAAACAGGAGAGAUCAUAGAGGGAGUUUUGGCUCACCCCCGAGGUCUCGUCGACGAGAUGAUGAUAGGGAUCGUGACAGGGACAGGGAUCGGAGGGACCGGGAUCGGGACAGGGAACGAGAGCGCGAAAGGGAUCGAGAAAGAGAGAGAGAACGUCGCCGUCGUUCGCUAGAACGUGAGAGGGAAAGGGAGAGGGAGAGAGAGCGCGAGAGGGUCCGACGGGACCGGGAACGGGAGAGGGAGAGAGAAAGGGAGAGGGAGAGGGAAAGGCAGAGACUGUCAUCAGGGAGGCGGAGGAGCCCACGCCGGAGUUCACCCAGGUCCAAUUCCCGCAGGAGCCCUCGUAGAGAUAGUCCACGACGAUCUCCCCGAAGAAGUCCCAGGCGGAGCCCACGCAGGAGUGUGCGGAGGUCGGAGUCACCACGAAACAAGAGCGCGUCCUCCAAGCACUCACCAUCACCUCGACGGAGUAUAUCAGACUCCAGGCAGCCUCCCUCACGGUCACAAGAUAAUAAAUUAGAUAAAAAAUCUAGAUCUCGUAGUCCCAUUGUUGCUGUAAAGAAGCCAGUUGCAGAGGGUUCACGCAGCUCUUCUGGUACCCCUUCCCCUGUGAAAAAGGAUAAAGAAGUCAAAUCCAUCAAAAGUAAACGGUCCAAGUCUUCUGAUUCAGAAGAUGAAACUCUGCCCAAGAAACCACCAACUCAACCAGUUAAGGCGUUGCAUGGAAGAACAGAGUCUCGAUCCAAAUCUCCACCGGCGGCAAAGUCUACUAGAUUGUCUCGAUCAAAGUCCAGGUCUUCUUCUAGAGACUCCUCUCGGUCAAGGUCCAAGUCUGACUCCCGAACACCAAAGAAGAAACCUGAACCUGUUUCUGUUAAAACAGAUUCCAGUGCAGAGCAGAAAGCUGAUAAGAAACAGACACUUUCUUCAGGUGAUACCUUAUCAACCAGUAAAGCUGCCCGGAAGAAGAGUGAAUCAAGAUCCCCUUCGCCUAAAAGAAAGAAAUUGAACAGCUCCAAAGAGGAGGUUCAAACAUCAGAUUCUGAAAACUCGCAUGAUGAUAAUAAAAAAGAGAAGAAGAAACCUACAGAAUCCAGCCCAGAGACAACAGAGAAAUCCAAGAAGAAAAGGAAGAAAAAGAAGAAAGCGGCUGGUUCUAGCAGUGAAUCUGAAGAAAGUGAUGCUGAGGCAAGUGGAAAAAAGAAAAAGAAGGACAAAAAGCAUAAGAAGCACAAGAAACAUAAGAAGACCAAGAAGGCUAAAAAGCACAAAUCUGAUGCUAGUGAGGAAUCUGCUGAAAGUGGAACUGAGAGGGGUGAAUCACUUGAAAGACGCUUAAGGGAACGUGCAUUGAAGUCUAUGAAAAGAGAAGACAACAGUGAUGACAGUAAAUAGUAAUUGAUGUAUUAAUUAUCCUACUUAUGGCUGUCUAUUCCUACUCAAAACCUUUUGAGGAAAAAAAAAUUAAAAUAAAAGCUACUGGUAUCACUCAAUUGUAAACUUCCAUAUUUUAAAUAUUAACUCUUCCAUAAGUAUCAUAUUUUCCAAUGUCCACUGUUUCUGUAUUCACACACUGGUUGAUGUGUCUUUGUUAUUAUUUUCAUGGAGUGAUCACCUCUAUGGAUUUUAUAGAGUGACUGCGAGUGAUGUGCUUUGCACGUUUGCUUGCUUGGUUUAUGUGUGGAAAUGUAAUGACAGUGUCACGCGGCCAUAUUUUCUGUUGAAUUAGAUGAUAUCCAAUGACUGCUAUUAUAUUCAACUGUUUUUAAGAAUAGUAACACUUGGAGCACUGAACUUAUGAUGCAUUUGCUCUUGGAUUUGAAUUGCAGUGAUUUGGUUGUAGCUUUAACCAAUAUUUCAUGAGGAAGUGUGCAAUUCAGCCAAACAAAAAAUUUGCUGGUGUUUGCAUCAGAUUGUGAAUUUAAGUUAGACCGAAGCUGGUCAUAAAAUCUGUGAUUUUUGGCGUUCUCAGCCUUUCAUUGAAGAGGGAUCAAGGCAUGGCGGACUAAUCCAUUUUCAAGAUGUGUGCCUGUGUUCUAAUUUCGUUGUUCUUUUGUUUGUGACUGUUUGUUAGACACAAUUUUUAAGGUGUCGGUUGGAAUUCUUAUUUCUUAAGAUCAGUUUGAAAAUCUUUGUGUACUGUUCAGAUACAUCAGGGGCGAAUAGUUACAAAGCAAAUGAAUCAUGAACUAGCUGCUUGCUCUGUGAGGAUCCGAGCGAGGACUAAUCUGUUUGUAUAUGUGGCUAUCAGUGUGAGAUGAAUAAAUUGUGGAAGCACGUGAAA